AUGUUAUCGAAUUACUUAAAAAUAAUAUUAAGUGGUAAAGGUUUUCCAAAAUUAUUGCAGAAUAAGUGUCCUUGGUUGUUGAACAAGGCUUGUACAAGGUGUGUUGUGACAAGUCAGCCAGUUUUGAAAAAAGAAGAGUUAGAAGUAACAUUUUGUUUGGCUAGCGGUCAAAAACUUUCAGCGAAAGGAAAAGAAGGAGAUUCUCUUUUGGAUGUUGUAGUUAAUAAUAAUGUUCCAUUAGAUGGUUUUGGAGCUUGUGAAGGAACUCUUACUUGCUCAACAUGUCAUUUAAUUUUUAAAAAGGAAGAUUAUGAUAAAUUACCCGAUAAACCGACAGAUGAAGAACUGGAUAUGUUAGAUUUAGCAUAUGAGCUCACAGAUACAUCCAGACUUGGUUGUCAAAUUUUGUUGUCUAAAGAACUUGAUAAAUUAGAAAUUAAAGUUCCAGCAAGUGUAAAUGAUGUCAGGAGUUCAUAA